GCGAAGAAAAUCUGUUCACUCGCGCUGCAAACGGGCUUCGGAGUGGAACUAAUCAUUGUCCUUUUCCUAGAGUCAACUUGGUUCAAAUCUGAGCAAAAUGGGAGAAGCUUAUCACCGACCAGACCAGAAAACGCUCCAAGCUUUGAAAGAUAUGGCUAGCAAGCUUCGAAUUCAUAGCAUCGAAUCCACGAAUACGGCUGGCUCUGGACAUCCAACUUCAUGCUGCUCUAUUGCGGAAAUAAUGUCGGUUCUGUUUUUCCACACAAUGCGCUAUAAAGUGUCCAAUCCAAGGGAUGCUUCAAGUGACAGAUUCAUCUUGUCAAAGGGACAUGCGGCUCCAAUUCUGUAUGCAGUGUGGGCAGAGGCUGGUUUGUUUCCAGUGGAGGACCUGGCCAAACUUCGCACAAUUGACUCUGAUUUGGAGGGUCACCCAACUCCUCGUCUAAGCUUCGUUGACUUUGCCACUGGUUCGCUUGGACAAGGCUUGAGCUGCUCUGCCGGCAUGGCUUACGCUGGCAAGUACUUCGACAAAGCAAGUUACCGUGUGUUCUGUGUGAUUGGUGAUGCAGAGUCAGCUGAGGGAUCUGUUUGGGAAGCCAUGAACUUUGCAAGUCAUUACAAACUGGACAAUCUUUGUGCCAUCUUUGACAUCAACCGUCUUGGGCAGAGUGACCCUACCAUGCUUCAACAUGACUUUGCUACUUACAAGAAAAGAACUGAAGCUUUUGGGUGGAACACCAUUGAAAUAGAUGGCCAUGAUGUUGAACAGGUCUGUCGUGCAUUCUAUGAAGCCAAUGAAUGCAAAGAUCGUCCCACUGCUAUUUUAGCGAAGACUUACAAAGGAAAAGGUGUUCCAGGAGUUGAAGACCUGGAGGGUUAUCAUGGUAAAGCCCUUGGCGAAAAAGGCAAAGCAGCUGUGGAGUUAAUUAAAAAAUCCAUAGUCAAUGACUCGCUCGCCUUGAGGCCUCAGCCCGUAACUGAUGAUGUUCCUACAGUUGAUCUCACUGUCAAACUAUCAGAGCCACCAAACUACAAAAUAGGAGAUAAGGUUGCUGUUCGUCAGGCCUAUGCCAAUGGCCUUGUAAAGCUUGGCAAAAGCUGUGACCGUGUCAUUGCCCUGGAUGGAGACACAAAAAACUCCACCUUCUCCCUUAACUACAGGAAAGAAUUCCCUGACCGGCAUAUUGAAUGCUUUGUUGCUGAGCAGAACAUGAUAGGUGUUGCCAUGGGGUGCGCUGCACGUGAGCGUGCCAUCACCUUCUCCAGUACAUUUGCCGCCUUUUUCACACGCACGUUUGACCAUCUACGAAUGGCAGCUGUUUCCCAGACUUCUGCCAACUUCUGUGGAUCUCAUUGUGGUGUGUCCAUUGGUGUGGAUGGGCCUUCACAGAUGGCCUUAGAGGACCUUGGUAUGUUCCGUUCAAUACCUAACUGUGUGGUGUUUUACCCAAGCGAUGGUGUCUCGUGUGAACGCGCCGUUGAACUGUCAGCGAACUACAAAGACAUGGCUUACAUCAGGGCCACACGGGGUAACACUCCGAUCAUCUACAAGAAUGACGAACCCUUUGCGAUUGGAAAAGCCAAGAUUGUUCGUGAGCACGAGAAAGAUUCGGUGCUUGUUAUCGGAGCUGGCGUCACUCUGAUCGAAGCAGUUAAGGCAGCCGAUGAGCUUGCCAAGGAAGGCACCCAUAUUAGAGUCAUGGACCCUUUCACCCUGAAGCCAAUCGACAAAGAAGCCAUAAUUACACACGCCAAGGCUGUUGGAGGCAAAAUUUUGACAGUAGAGGACCACUACAUUGAAGGGGGCAUUGGUGAAACUGUCUGUGCCGCCGUGGCAGAGGAGACUGGAAUCACCGUGCGUAUGUUGGCCGUGCCCAAAAUUCCUCGCAGUGGGCCUGGGGACGCCUUGCUUGAUUUGUAUGGAAUCAGUGCCAAGCACAUCAUCAAGACCGUCAAAAGCCUGUAAAGGAUGCGGUCUCACAUCUCUGACCAUGCGCUACAUAAUCACUGCGCUGGUAUUUAUUACGACCAUCAAGAAACAAUAUUCAACUUUUCAACUCGACAAUAAAUAAUUCACCUAUACGUAGGUUUUGUUAGCUUUUUAAAAAUUUCUCUGGACUUUUGUUAAUUAAGGUCAAGGACAACUUGUACAAGCCGAUAACAUGGUGCGAAUAUCAAGCCAUUUACUACAGUAGUUGCAUACGAAAUAUAGUUAGGAAGGUACAGAUCUAUUUUUGCUGUAGGGUGAAAUGAAACAAGCAAUAAAUUCAUUGAUCGUUCCGGC